GUGUGGAAGAAGAAGCUGUCUGCAGCAGUGGAGACAGGAGACGCCUCUGAAGUGAAGCGCUGCAAGAACAUGGAAAUCCUGUAUGACUCCCUGCAGCUGGCCCACAAGUGCAUCCUCAACUCUUUUUAUGGCUACGUCAUGCGGAAAGGAGCUCGCUGGUACUCCAUGGAAAUGGCUGGCAUCGUCUGCUUCACGGGAGCAAAUAUUAUCACCCAGGCCAGGGAACUGAUCGAGCAGAUCGGGAGACCUCUGGAACUGGAUACCGAUGGGAUUUGGUGUGUCCUCCCCAACAGCUUCCCGGAGAACUUUGUCAUAAAGUCAACCAGUGCAAAGAAACCGAAGGUGACAAUCUCCUACCCAGGUGCCAUGCUGAACAUCCUGGUGAAGGAAGGCUUCACCAACGAUCAGUACCAGGAACUGCAGGACCCAGCCUCUCUCACCUAUGUCACCCACUCGGAGAACAGCAUCUUUUUUGAAGUGGAUGGACCAUACCUGGCCAUGAUCCUCCCAGCUUCCAAGGAGGAGGGCAAGAAGCUGAAGAAAAGGUAUGCGGUAUUCAAUGAGGACGGGUCCCUGGCUGAGCUGAAGGGAUUUGAGGUGAAGCGCCGGGGAGAACUGCAGCUGGUGAAGAUAUUCCAGUCUUCUGUAUUUGAAGCCUUUCUGAAAGGCAGCACCCUGGAGGAGGUCUAUGCUUCUGUGGCCAAGGUGGCUGAUUACUGGCUGGAUGUGCUCUACAGCAAGGCUGCCAACAUGCCUGAUUCGGAGCUGUUUGAGCUGAUCUCGGAGAACCGGUCCAUGUCACGCAAGCUGGAGGACUAUGGGGAGCAGAAGUCCACCUCCAUCAGCACUGCCAAGCGCCUGGCAGAGUUCCUGGGGGACCAGAUGGUGAAGGAUGCAGGGCUGAGCUGCCGGUUCAUAAUUUCAAAGAAACCAGAAGGGUCUCCGGUCACCGAGAGGGCCAUCCCCCUUGCCAUCUUCCAAGCUGAGCCCAGCGUGCGCAAACACUACCUCCGAAAAUGGCUGAAGAGCCCCUCACUGCAGGACUUCAACAUCCGUGCGAUCCUGGACUGGGACUACUACAUUGAGAGACUGGGCAGCACCAUCCAGAAAAUCAUCACCAUUCCCGCAGCCCUGCAGCAGGUAAAGAACCCCGUGCCGCGUGUCCGGCACCCUGACUGGCUCCACAAGAAACUCCUGGAGAAGAAUGAUGUGUAUAAACAGAAAAAAAUCAAUGAGCUCUUUACUUUGGAAGGCAAGAGACAGGUCCUUGCCAACCAGCCACUGGAGGGGACGCCCCGCUCGCAGAUUGGUGACAUAGAGGACUUUGGGGCUGUCAAGACCCUUCAGCCACUGGUCCCCAUCGCAAAUAAGCGGAAGCGAGUCCCUGCAGCAGAGGAAAGCCAGCACAUGUCCCAAUACCUGGAGCUAUCCCAGUCCUGGCGAGAGAUCCUGGGUCCACCACCACUCCUGGGUACCACCAAGGAAGAGCGACUGGUCUGGCUGCGCUACCACCAGAAGAAGUGGGAGCUGCAAGCUCGGCAGCGGCGGGAGCGGCGGAAGAGGCGGCGUCUGGAGAAUGGCGAGGGGGCAGCGGGUGGAGGAGCGGUCCGCGAUGCCCUCUCCAAGGGGCUGAGCAGCUACCUGCGCAGGACGGCGCGCAGCAUCUUGGACUUGCCCUGGCAGAUUGUGCAGAUCGCUGAGACCAGCCAGCCCGGGCUGUUCAGGCUGUGGGCAGUGAUUGGGAGCGACCUCCACUGCAUCAGGCUUAGCAUCCCCCGAGUCUUCUACGUCAACCAACGUGUCCCAAAGCCAGAGGAGGGAACAGCCUACAAGAAGGUGAACAGGAUCCUGCCCCGCUCAAACUUAGUUUACAACCUGUAUGAAUACUCUGUCUCUGAAGACAUGUACCAGGAGCACAUCAAUGAAAUCAAUGCGGACCUCUCUGCUCCGGACAUCGAGGGGGUGUAUGAGACGCAGGUGCCGCUCCUCCUCCGUGCCCUGAUCCACCUGGGCUGCGUAUGCAUGGUCAGUAGGCAGCUCAUCAGGCACCUGACAGGGCGAGAGGCUGAAACCUUUGACAUUGAGCAGCUGGAGAUGCGCUCACUGGCCCAGUUUGCUUACCUGGAGCCAGGAAGCAUUCGCCACAUCUACCUCUACCACAGUGCCCAGGGCAGCAAGGCGCUCUUGGGCCUCUUCAUCCCCUCACAGCGCAAAGCUGCCGUCUUUGUGCUGGACAAGGUACGCAGCAACCAGAUGCCGAAUCUCACCACCCUCUUCUCGGCAGAGCGCAGUGCACUUCUGGAAAAGGUGGGUGAAGAGCUGCUUCCCCCAGACAAGCACACCUUCGAAGUGCGUGCUGAGACAGACCCCAAGGCCAUCUACAGAGCCAUCCAGCGGCUGCUGCUGGGCUACAAGGACGAGCGCCGGGGCCCCACACUGGUGGCAGUGCAGUCUAACUGGGACCUGAAACGGCUGGCGAGUGGGAUCCCCAUCAUUGAAGAGUUCCCCUUAGUCCCCAUCCGGCUGGUAGAUGACAUCAGCUACUCGGUCCUGGACUGGCAGCGCCAUGCUGCUCGCCGCAUGAUCCGCCACUACCUCAACCUGGACACCUGCCUCUCCCAGGCUUUCGAGAUGAGCAGGUACUACCACAUCCCCAUUGGGAACCUCCCUGAUGACAUCUCCACCUUCGGCUCUGACCUCUUCUUCUCACGCCACCUCCGUCGUCACAACCACUUGCUUUGGCUGUCGCUCACAGCCCGCCCAGACCUGGGGGGUAAGGAGGCCGAUGACAACCGCCUCGUCAUGGAGUUUGAUGAGAAAGCCUCUGUGGAGAUAAACAACCCUGGGUGCUACUCCACAGUGUGUCUGGAGCUGGACAUCCAGAGCCUGGCUGUGAACACGGUGUUGCAGUCCCACCAUGUAAACGACAUGGAAGGAGGGUCCAGCAUGAGCAUCAGCUUUGACGUGAUUCAGCAGGCAUCCCUAGAAGACAUGGUGACAGGGAACCAAGCUGCCAACAUCCCAGCCAGCUAUGACGAAACCGCCCUCUGCUCCAACACUUUCAGGAUCCUGAAGAGCAUGGUGGUGAGCUGGGUGAAGGAGAUCACACAGUACCACAACAUCUACGCAGACAACCAGGUCAUUCACUUCUACCGCUGGCUCCGUUCUCCUUCCUCCCUGCUCUAUGACCCGGCGCUGCACCGCACACUCCAUAACAUGAUGAAGAAGAUUUUCCUGCAGCUGGUGGCCGAGUUCAAGCGUCUGGGCGCCUCGGUGGUUUAUGCCAACUUCAACCGGAUCAUUCUGUGCACCAAGAAGCGGCGCAUCAAGGACGCCAUCAGCUACAUGGAGUACAUCAUCAACAGCAUCCACUCCAAGGAGAUCUUCCACUCUCUGACCAUCUCCUUCUCCCGCUGCUGGGAGUUCCUGCUCUGGAUGGAUCCAGCAAAUUAUGGAGGCAUCAAGGGAAAAGUGGAUUCUCGUGUCCACUAUGGAGAGAAGGACACCAGCAAGAAGCAAGUGUUGGAGGAGGAGGACAGCGAGGAAGAGGAGGAUGUGGCAGCAGGGGAAGAGGAGGAGGAGGAAGGGGAGCCCAACGUGGAGGAGCUGCUGGAGAACAGUUGGAACAUCGCACAGUACCUGCCCCAGGCCGCCUCCUGCCAGAGCUAUUUCCUGAUGAUUGUGUCGGCCUACAUCGUGGCCGUGUACCACAACAUGAAGGAGGAGCUGCGGCGCAACGCCCCCGGGACCACCCCUGUCAAGAGGAGGACCACCAGCCAGGUGUCCCAGGAGGUGCUGGGGGAGAUGGGGGCCAUGCCUGGUAUGAUUACCUUCUCGCAGGAUUAUGUGGCCAAUGAGCUCACCCAGAGCUUCUUCACCAUCACUCAGAAGAUCCAGAAGAAGAUGGCUGGUUCUCGUAAUACCACUGAGCCUUCAGACAUGUUCCCAGUGCUGCCUGGCUCCUACUUGCCGCUCAACAACCCUGCUCUGGAGUUCAUCAAAUACGUUUGCAAGGUCCUCUCCCUGGAUGCCAACAUAACCAACCAGGUGAACAAACUGCGCCGGGACCUGCUGCGGCUCAUCGAGGUGGGCGAGUUCUCAGAAGAAGCCCAGUUUCGGGACCCUUGCCGCUCCUACGUGCUCCCUGAAGUCAUCUGCAGGAACUGCAACUUCUGCAGGGACCUGGACCUGUGCAAGGACCCUGCCCUCUCCCAGGAUGGGUCGGUGCUGCCCAGCUGGGUCUGCUCCAGCUGCCAGGCACAGUACGACUCUAAUGCCAUUGAAGCAGCGCUGGUGGAAGCCCUGCAGAAGAAGCUGAUGGCUUUUGUUCUGCAGGACCUGGUGUGCAAGAAGUGCCAUGGCGUGAAGGAGGCACACAUGCCUGUGUACUGCAGCUGUGCUGGAGACUUCACCCUCACCAUCUCUUCCCAGACCUUCAUGGAGCACGUCAACGUCUUCCACAACAUCGCCCGGCACUACGGCAUGGCCUACCUGCUGGAAACCAUCGAGUGGCUGGUGCACACCAACCCCCAGCUCCAGCAGUGA